CUCCUCAUUUUCGGCAAGGACUGCGUAAUGUUUUCGCGCGCUGCUCUCUCUGUUCGGCAUUUUACGGGAUUGAGGUGUUUUUCGACAUCGGCACAAGUAUGCCCCUUGAUUCUCAGACUUUUCAUUACCUUCGCAUCGUAGAACUUAAGGAAGGUUGCUCUGCUUGGAGCUAGUGGCGGUAUUGGUCAGCCAACCGCGCUACUUCUUAAGCAAUCCCCUCUUGUUUCUCAUCUUGCGUUGUAUGAUAUCGCUCAUGUGAAGGGCGUAGCUGCUGACCUAAGCCAUAUCGAAACCAGAGCUCGCGUCACUGCGCAUGAUGGUCCAGCACAGCUGGCCGAAUGUCUCACUGGUGCUGAAGUCGUGUUGAUCCCAGCCGGAGUUCCGCGCAAACCGGGUAUGACACGUGAUGACCUGUUCACCACCAACGCGUCCGUCGUAGCACAGUUGGCUCACGCCUGUGCAUUGAACUGUCCCAAGGCGAUGAUCUGUGUAGUCACGAAUCCUGUGAAUAGCACUGUCCCCAUUGCAGCUGAGAUAAUGAGGCGCCACGGUGUGUUCGAUCCGCAACGUCUUUUCGGUGUAACUACGUUGGACAUCAUCCGGUCUAACACAUUUAUAGCUGAAGCCAAAGGUCUAGAUGUCCAGAAAGUCUCAUGCCCGGUGAUUGGCGGACAUUCUGGAAUCACCAUACUGCCUGUGAUCUCCCAAUGCUCCCCGACAGUCUCGUUCCCCCAGAACGAACGGGAACAAUUGACCCAUCGAAUUCAGAAUGCCGGAACUGAGGUUGUCGAAGCCAAAGCUGGAGCAGGUUCAGCUACACUAUCUAUGGCCUAUGCCGGUGUUCGCUUCGUCACAUCGCUCAUGGAGGCGAUGAAUGGACGGAAGGGAGUAGUGGAGUGUACAUUUGUCCAUGGCGAGGUCUCCGAAUGCGAGUUCUUUGCAGCUCCAAUCGCACUUGGGGUGAACGGAGUGGAAAAGAAUAUGGGGAUCGGCAAGCUGAACGAAUAUGAGAUACAACUUCUCCAAAAGCUCAUUCCAGAGUUGCAAAAGAACAUCAAGCGGGGCAAGGAAUUUGCCGCCACAUUCAAACCCCAGUAAACCAACCGGGUGUCGGCAGUCCUACGAUCCACCCACGCGCACUUUCUGUGGACUUGUUUUCAUUUGUCAUAUAUAUACAUAUAAAUAUAGACCAACGUUUCAGACAUUUAGCCAAUCCCCACAGCUGUCGUAAUGAUUGCAUGAGAUUUAUCGAGCAUUUUAGUUGUUGCAAUUUCUACGCUGCCGCUACCAAUACAAUCGAUAAGAAUUCGCCAUGAACGAGCGGUUGUUUGGCACUGUGCUUCGAUUGUCGUGUCAGGCUUUAUAAGGCUUUAUCUUCUGUUAAAUGACUUCACUCGUGCGCAUACUACGACGGCACUGUAUGCAUUUUCUUACUGUCGAUUUUUUGCCACGUAUGUCCUGCGUCGAAUCGUUAAUAUAUGGUGGAAGAAAUUUCUUUCUCUGACCGACCGAUGUUUUGUCCCCUCCACACCGAGCCUUCCGAACUUGACCCGCAGUGGCCUUCACUAAGAAGUAAAUGAACUGUCCUCCAAAUAGUCUCAGUUGCACAUCAAUUUGUUCUCAACGGAAGACUCAACUGAAUCGCAGCUGAAACUCUCGUUUAUGAUAUUGUCUAAUUGAAUGUGUUGCACGAAAUCCAUCUCGUGUUGUUUGAUUUGGUGCAGUAUUUGGAGUAUCGCGGGCGAGAUGGACCAAGUGGUUAGAGCGUGAAUUUACUGACCGGAAGGUCCG